AUGCUUGAUUUCGUACAUUACCAAGAUGGGGCUACCAGCAUUCCUGAGGAUAUCGAUGUUCAACUUCCUUUACGACUUUUUGACGACGACCUACUGGCGAAGCCUCGCCGUGGUAGAAUACCGACUAGACCCCCCAAUAAUUUCCUAAUUUUUAGGACAGCAUAUACGAGGGUUCUGCAAUCUCGGGGCUUCUGGGACUUAAGAAUGAGAGAGGUCACCCGGAGGGCGGCGAAAGCAUGGUCUGACGCAUCAGCGGAUGUUAAAGCCGAAUGUAGGAGGUUGGCUUCUCAUGCUAAAAAAAGGCAUGAGGAGGUAUACGGACCGCCCCCAAAGAGGACUCGUAAAAGACGACCAAAUAAUGCUAGGAUUGAAGAUGAUACGGAGCAAAUACCAAUUCCCGAUGCAAUAGUGUACCCUACACCACAACCGACAUCUUUUUAUUUUGAAGAUAUCAUAGCGCCACCUUACAACUGGCAGCCGGAAAUGUAUGGAAUGUUCUCUCCUUCUACUACCGAGAGUGAAGAUUCUUCAAAUAACCAACAAUAUAAUACGAUUUAUUCAUCGUUGUAA